CUUUCAUUAAAAAAAAAAUUCAGAACAACAACACAACCUUCGAAUCGAAAGAAUCGCACGCAAGAAUAUAGUACGUGAUUAUAGUCUCAAUGAUAAUUUGUUUAUUUCGGUCAUUACAUAAGCCAAACUAAAAUCUUAUGCUAUUCAUGGGACGAAAUAAUGUGAAAUUCACUACAAAUUACUGUACGGUGUACAUUAGUCAAUAUUACAAUUCGUUGGUUCGUUCCAAUAUCCGUCCAUCGAGAAAAUUACGAAAAUUUCCUAGCAUAGUACGACCUUUCAGUUCAAAUUCACUGCUGUGGAUUUGAUAGUUGUGAUAAGCCGAAGAGUAUCACCGUUUCGAGAAUUAUGGCUGACCACGAUGCAAUAGUUGCAAUUGUUCCGGUCCAUGACCAUCCGCAUUACUAUCAGGACCAGCUUAAGCAUGCACUCGCUGGUGGAUCGGCAGCAUUCGUUACCAGAGUGUUCGUUCAGCCGUUGGAUGUUCUGAAAAUCCGUUUUCAAUUGCAAGUCGAACCGUUCUCCAGUUCCUACUACCAUCGAUCGAAAUACACGUCACUGUAUCAGGCAUCGGUGUGCAUAUUUCGCGAAGAGGGUGUGCGCGCAUUCUGGAAGGGACACAUCCCCGCUCAACUGCUCAGUGUCAUCUAUGGAAUGGCGCAAUUUUGGGGAUACGAAAUUUUGAAGGACAAAUCGAAAGAAAUACACUGGCACCAGGGACACAAGAAUUGGUCGAAUUUCGUCUGUGGUGGUCUGGCCGGUGCAUUAGGAACAUUCGUCACCACACCCUUAGAUGUGAUUAGAACUCGACUGAUAGCACAAGAUAAUCGACGAGGAUACACCAGCAUGCUGCAUGCCACCAAAACGAUAUUGCGAGCAGACGGUGUGUCUGGUUUGUACCGAGGAUUGUUGCCAGGAAUUAUGCAGGUGACUCCAUUGACUGGAAUAAAUUUCAUGUUCUACAACUGGCUCGGAUCAACAACGGUCGAAGUAAUGAAAUUCAAUUCGAAAAGCGAUAUACCGGCUGCUGUAGCAAUCAUGAAUGGAGCAAUGGCCGGAUUUCUGUCGAAAGUUAUGGUCUAUCCGAUGGAUUUGGCUAAAAAACGGAUGCAAAUUCAGGGUUUCGGAGAGCAUCGCAAAAGUUAUGGAACACAUUUCUCUUGCAAUGGAAUGAUGGAUUGUUUUCGGAACACUGUCCGGCAGGAGGGUGUUUUGGGUCUCUACAAAGGCAUGACACCUUCCAUAUACAAAGCAGCCCUAACAUCGGCCCUCAACUUUGGCAUCUACGAUCAAAUACGCAAAUACACAUCGAAAAGUGAAUGAAUCAUGCGCAUGUAAUGAGUGUGUUUAGACAUAAAGUUUUCUUUUUUUUUUGUUUACAAAGCAGAAUUUCAAAUGUAAUUUUGUUGCCGAUAGAGAGAGGACCUGGACACUUUUGUAAAAAUACCA